CCUGUGAACAAAAAGUUUUAAAAUACGUUUGCGGGUAGAUUUCUACCAUAGUCUGUGUGGGUCAGAAGUGAAUCUCAUCUUUGAUCUUUAUUUUCUAUUAUAUAAAUUAAAAUGUGUGAUAGUUCGAAUAUUAACUGCACAAGUAUAUUUACUGAUGUUGUACAUGAAGACAUGUUUCAAACGCAAUUUCAACGAUUCAUCUUCUGUGUCGUCGUUUUAAUUGUAACGAUGGCAAUUGCUAUUCUCUUCUCCAUAUUGCUACGAAUGUUAGAAAGAGGACAAAAGACGCGAAAUCCACAACAGAGACGAGCGUAUAUGGGCUCCCGGUCCCAGACCACUGUUCCAGCAGCGGAGCCUACAAUCUACGUCAGCCCAGCCAAUCUACCUCCACCACCUAAAUAUGAGGCGAUGGCGCCACCAAGCUACGAAGAAGUAGUUGGUAUUCACUACCCGAGCUACCAGCCUCCUGGCCAACCCAUCAACCAACCCAUUACUGCAGCACUAGCAACACAGAGCAAUACCAAUACAUCAGCUACGUCAAAUAUUCCUAACGUUGAUACUAGGGUCGCAGUCGACUCAAAUAACCCUACGAAUGUUUCACAUACCGUCAUUAACAGCACAACAACGAUAACUACUGUUGAUGAAACACGUCCAGUAGCCGCCUCCUCGUGAUUAUGGAAAUAUUUUUAAAUGGAUAAGGUAAAAUUCACCAAGAUUAUGUUAUAAUUUUGCAAUGUUUAACCUUGCGCAAAUCUCUUUAGAUUUGAUUAUUGUUAAUUACUGCAUUGACCCAAAUUUUUAUCAUAUUGUCAGAUAAUCUUGGUACUAUUUUACCUAGAGGCUAUGUAAACCUCACUUCGUGAUAUUUAAGAGGUUUACUGUAUUAUGUAUUUGUUUAAAUGUGGUAUUGAUGUAAUACAAUACAAUUGAAUUUCAAUACCUACUACCUCUUAUGUAUGGCAUUAAUGAUACAUUUUGAUAGAUGAACUUUUUAAAAUGUAAUUUAUGAAUGCCGUAGUGCCAAAGUUUGGCUUUUGAAGUUGCUGUAUUUUUGGGUUAUACUCAGAGUCGAGACUUAAAGCUUACUUAGACUUAGGUACCCAUGUCAAAAACGUAAUCGCAUUAAUGUUUGACUUGAAAUGUUACCCUAGCAAGUAUUUAAGUCAAUGUUUACCAUUUUGAGGCUAAUACAAUUAUGGUAUAUAAAUAUUCACUACGUUUGAGAUAACAAUAAUAAUUUUCAGUCUUUGAGGACGCAAGACUGAUUUUUAUUAAUUUCCCAAGUAUUAUUCGUAAACCAAUAGAGAGGACGUUUUGCAAUAUUUAAAUAUAGUAAUUUAAGGUCUAGAUGUAUAUUUUGUAAAAUAUCUAU